CCAGACCAAAUGUCUUUUGUAUUACUUCACGCUUAGUUGUGUGGCAUAGUUUUUUUCAUUUUCGUUUUGUAUAUACUUAAUGGAGAAAAGUUCGUAAAAAUUGUUACAAUAUUUGGAAACCCCACUGUAAUAAAGACAAUAAGGAAAAAUGUCAAUGUCCAAGACAACCAACACGUACAAUCGGCAGAACUGGGAAGAUGCCGAAUUUCCCAUACUUUGUCAGACAUGUUUGGGUGAUAAUCCAUAUGUUCGUAUGAUUAAAGAACGCUUUGGUAAGGAAUGCAAGAUUUGUACAAGACCCUUCACUAUAUUUCGAUGGUGUCCCGGAGCAAGAAUGCGUUUCAAGAAAACGGAAAUUUGUCAAACCUGUGCACGAUUGAAAAAUGUAUGCCAAACUUGUCUUCUUGACUUGGAAUAUGGCUUACCCAUUCAAGUGAGGGAUGCAGCUCUAAAAGUGGCCGACAAUUUACCUCAAAGUGAUGUCAAUAAGGAAUAUUACAUACAGAACAUUGAUCGUGAAUUGCAAGAUGGCGAUGGCACCGAAGCGGCUGGAAAAGUUGGAAAAUCUCUGGCUGCCAGUGAUAUGUUGUCAAAAUUGGCUCGGACAGCACCCUAUUACAAACGUAAUAGACCACAUAUUUGCUCAUUUUGGGUUAAGGGUGAGUGUAAAAGAGGUGAAGAGUGUCCAUAUCGUCAUGACAAACCAAAUGAACCCGAUGAUCCGUUGUGUGAACAAAAUAUUAAGGAUCGUUACUAUGGACGCAAUGAUCCAGUAGCUGAAAAAAUUAUGAAGCGGGCAGCUUCUUUGCCUACAUUGGAACCUCCAGAAGAUCGAAAUAUUACCACACUAUACGUGGGCAAUUUACCAGAAGAUAUAACUGAACCCGAGUUGAGGGAUCAUUUUUACCAAUUCGGUGAAAUACGUUCAAUAGCUUUAGUUCCACGCCAACAAUGUGCAUUUGUACAGUACACAAAACGUUCUGCUGCGGAAUUGGCUGCAGAAAAGAGUUUCAAUAAGCUAAUAUUGCAAGGCAAAAAGGCCACAAUCAAAUGGGCACAUUCACAGGCUAAACAAGGAGCUGCUAAAACCGAUCGUCGUUUUGAAUUGAAUGCUAUAGCACCAGCCACAGCAACAAAUCCAAAUGACUUCUUUAAUUUACAACAAGAACAAGUCACCGUACUACCUCCCGGCAUGAAAUUGCAUCAAAUACCACCAUCACUCAUACCCGCCUCCUCAUAUCAGCAGUUAUAUUCACAGGCCUAUGCCGCGCCUUAUUCCAUGCCAAUGGCAUCAACAUCCGCUGCGGCAGCAUCUGCUGCCUCAAGUUCAUUAGAUUCAAUACCACCACCACCGGGAAUGGCUGGUGGUGCUCCCGGACAAGUGCAUUAUCCCAGUCAGGAUCCAAGCCGUUUGGGCGCAGUAAAGAAAUAAUCUUUAGCUAUUUUUUUCAUUCAACAAGAAUUUUUGUAUAGAGCAUUGUUAAAAAUGCUUUCGGAAAUUGAUGAAAAUAAACAAAUUUUGGACAUUAUUUUA